AUUCCAUCAGGUUACGACAUUCAGACCAUGACCUCUAACCUGCACCUGAACAGCUUCCUCCUGCCCAUCGGUGCCAUGAACAUCAUCAGCAUCCUACCUCUGCUGAUGCUGGCCAAUCUCAUGGAGUGUGUCACCUCCUGCUACCUGUCCAUGGAGAAAACACACUUCUACCCCGCCAGAGUCAUCAGUAAGCACACACACACACACAGAUACACACACACAGAUACACACACACACGCACCGCACAGAUACACACAUACACAGACUGACACACAGACACACACAUGCACAAAUACCAUCCACAUCAAUGAGCCAGUCAAUGUUAAUGUCUCUCUCUCUCACUCUCUCUCUGUUUCUCUCCCUGUCCCCUCCCUCCUCUCCUCUCUCAGUGCUGGGUCAUGCGUGUGCAUCCCAGUCUGUCCUGGUAGCGGGCCUGUCUGAGGUCCACAGGAAGGGCUAUCCUCUGACGGAGCAGGCCCUGUCAGGGAAGGUGCUCCAGGUGUCCUCCAUGGCCUGCUUCCAGCUGGCUCCCCAGUACAUCCUACUGGGGCUGGCUGAGGCCCUCGUCACCCCUGCCUGUGAGUGACAGAGAGCCAGCACGUAUUUCUGACACACCUAUUGCUGCUACACUGUUCAUACACAGAGACAAACUGGGUUUGAGAUUUCGAAUGUCAAUGGACACCAUAUGUAGUUAGGAUGAAGUUAGAAUGUGGAGUGUUGGAACCAACUGCCAACAUGGAGGAUAGUAUUCUGAACUCUGGAAGCUAGGGUUAGGAUGCCCCCUACUGGUGUAUUAGAGACAGACAAGAGACGUUUGAACCAAAUGAAUGCUUCUUUCUCUUCCCAGCCUUCCUCUCUUCUCUGUUCCAGGCUCUGUGAUCUCCUUCCACCUGACACCCAGUCAUAUCAGAGGCAUCUCCCUGCACUUCCUCCCCCUGUCCUACGGAAGGGGUUGUUUCCUGGGAGCCCUCAUCAUCCAGCUGGUCUACCUACUCUCUGGAGGUAAAGGCUUCACUAACAGAUGCAUCAUCGUAAUCAUAGAAACUGAAGAGGAACAUACAUUCAUGUUGGAAUGGUUGAUGGGGUUCUGUCUGCAUUAUGGUGAUUCAGUCCUAUGGCCACUGAUAGUACUGUUCUCCUGUCCAACUACAGGUAACUUCUACCCAAACACACUGCAUGAAGGGAAUCUGGAGCAUUUCUUCUUCUUCUUAGCCAUGUUGAUGACCAUAAACACUCUGGUGUUCUGGUGGAUAUCUUCCAGGUACAGUAUGAGAACCUCUCAUGUAUCAAUAUAGUCCCUGUAGAUGAGACAAAGGAGAUUUUCAGUGAUACAAAUUUGAGAAUUUCCUUGACCCCUUGAGGUGACCUGAACAAAGUAUUAAUAUAGUCUGUGCAGAUGAGACAGGUGACAGUAUUGAGACAGGUGACAGUAUUGAGACAAGUGACAGUAUUGAGACAGGUGACAGUAUUGAGACAGGUGACAGUAUGAGACAGCUGACAGUAUUGAGACAGGUGACAGUUUUGAGACAGGUGACAGUAUUGAGACAGUUGACAGUACUGAGACAGGUGACAGUACUGAGACAGGUGACAGUACUGAGACAGGUGACAGUUUUGAGACAGGUGACAGUAUUGAGACAGGUGACAGUAUUGAGAGAGGUGACAGUAUUGAGACAGAUCCACCCUAGCAGUCUCUCCUCACCUGUGUCCCAGGUACCUAGACCUGAGUGUGGUGCAGAGUAGAGGAGUAGGAAGCAGCCUUCUGGCAGAGAAACUCCUGCAGUACAAGACCUGCCUGUGA